AUGAUUGAAUUAGCGAAUGACCACCUCUCUGCGGAGCUGCGAAAACUGGCUGAAAAAGCCGCAGGUCCUUGGCAGAAAAUUCCCGGCAGCCAAGAGGAGCGCGGGCCGCCCGACGGCGGGGCGGGGCUGCGGCUGCUCGCGGCGACGGUUGCCGCGGCGACGCGAGGCCGCCUCGCUGCGGCCGCAGCUGUGCGGCUCGAAGGCCCGACUGCCGCCAGGGCCCUCGAAAGAAGGCUUCGCUAUGACCAAAUCUGCGGUGCGUGGGUCCAAGGUGCUGUGAGGCUCGGAGACCGUGUGAGAGGUGAAGAGCAGCAUAUCGAGAUGAACCUGAAGUGGAAUUCUAGCAGAAUUUCUCGUCCGGCCUCAGCUACAGUCCGGGUGACCGAUUUGAGUUGGCGAGGUAACCUAAAUCCCAGUCCAUUGAUUAAAGAUGAUGGAGAGCUACUUAUGGAUGAAUACCUUACCCCUCGGAAACUGAAAGCUUUGGCAGGGGUAGAUGAUCUACAGCAAGUGAAGUCCCUAGAGAUGCGAGUAGAUACAAGAGAGAACAGCUUGGGGAAUUUUGGUGCCUAUCUACCUAACCUGAGACAGCUGAAACUGAACAAUAGCUUGCUUGUAUCUGUGAGGGACCUUGGAACCACAUUGUCCCAUCUCCAUGUCCUAUGGAUGGCUUGCUGUGGGCUCUCAGAUUUAGAUGGGAUCUCUUCCUGCAGCUCUCUAAAAGAACUCUACAUAGCUUAUAACAAUAUAUCUGACCUGAGCCAACUGAGCUUGUUGGAACAUCUUGAGGUUUUGGACUUGGAAGGGAACAAUAUUGAGGACAUCAACCAGAUGCUGUAUCUGGGACUUUGUUACAAACUGAGCAGCCUGACAGUGGAGGGCAACCUUAUUUGUCUGAAGCCAAAUGCAGAGUCUGCAGAGAGACCAGAUUAUAAUUAUAGAGUUGAAGUGAAAAAACUCAUUCCCCACUUGGAAUAUUUGGAUGAAAUACCAGCCAGCCAAACUGUCAUCCCUCCUUCUAAGAAGAUGAAUGAGGACUGGCUAAUCAUCAAGGAAUCCAUCAAGGAAGGUGGUUUAGCUGGAGAUAUUUCAUGGUCAGGUAUGUCAAUAGCAAGGCAGUCUGGAUCCAGUCCAAGACCCCCCACAACUUCCAGACCCAGGACUGCACAAUGGCCUGCUUAUGCAGGGCGAGCCAGCAAUGCCCAUCUGCCUUAUGGUGGCUGUCCUCUUCCAGAUCCCACUCUUUCUGAUGGCCUGUUUCUGGAAGAUGACUCCAGUGAUUUGACACAUGGACUCAGUCAAGUUAUAUGUGGGAACCCCAUCAAAGCCCUUCGUGCAAGGAGACAAAAGCUAGGUCCACCUGCGGUGAGCCCUUUGAAACUAUGCAGUUGGAGAGGCAAAUACCCUCAUGUCUGCAAUGAAGAAGAAGAUCUGAGCCAGGAAGAUAUCUUCACUGAACUGAGAGUAUGGAGAGAAAAGCAUAAACGGUGCCUGCAAAUGGUUCAUCAAGAAAAGUCCCCUCAAGUACUGAAGGUAACUCUUAGUGAUGAGGAAGAAGAUGAAGACUGCAGCCUAACUCACAACUCUGAAGAUCAAUUGAGGGAGACCUAUGAUGAGGAUCUCAUUGAAAGGAUUUCACUUGAUUCUUUUCAUUCCUGUCUUUCCCAGUCACCGUCAGAUUCAUCACAUGCUCAGGAUUGGACAGUGUUCUGCAACCCAAACUAUUGUCUAAUUCCUUCUCCUCCAAAAAGCCCUUCGCCUGCAUCUGUAAUGGGUAUUGCAGCAAGACCCUGGAAAAUGAGGAACCACAGGGUAAGAUGCCUAAAAAUACCCAGUCAAGAGGAGGACAGGCAGUGGAUGCAGCUUUGCCAAUCAAGGGCUGGUCAGGAAACUUCAGCUGAGCCUAUGGGUGAGGAACUUGCUCUCCUGAGCCUGCACAGUGCGCCUGCUGUAUUUGAGGCUUUCCCUUCCCGAUCACAAGGGCAGCACCAGCCUGGUGGGAGCAGUGGCAGGCUGAGACCUAUUUCAGGACCAGCAGCUGUUGGAUCAUCAAGUGUCAGGCCCACCAUGGAUGAGAGUGCACCCAGAAUGAUCAGCCAUCACCAACCAGUUGUACACUCAUCCACAAAAAGCAUGGAGAGAUUUGGGCUGACAAAUGCAGCUUGGCCCCUGACUGCCAGGGCUGUGCUGCAGAAGCUGCCAGACAGACCCAGUGUCCCAACAACAUCUCAGAGCAAGACUCCCCAGCCCUAG